CACUUAGCAUCUUUGCUUGUCAAUUGUCAUCAUCAUCUUUUUCACUCUCAUUCCCAUCACUUUCUUUCACACACAAGAGACACCCGAAAGAUCUCACCCAUAUUUUGUUUUUGUUUCAAUGGCAUCCUUUUCAACCAAAUCUAACCCUUUCCUCAUUGAUUCCAUUUUCUCCCCACAUAAGAUUUCUGGGUCUGUAGGAGAAAUUGAGAACCUCAAUUUCAAUUGGGUUUAUAGUAAUAAUAAUGAACCUUCUGGUUCAAUUUUUAAAAAGCAGAGCAGCACUGGUGAAUUCACUGUUGUUGAUGAUAUUGUCGCUCUUACAAGCAAGAAAAGAAGGGCUAAAAAUGGGGUUAAGGAUGAAAAAGAAGGGAAACCCAAGAACCAGAAGAAGGGAAAUGAUGAAAAGAAAGUGUAUAAAGGUAGUAAAAAAGAUAGAAAGAAAGGUGGUGAAGAGCCUCCUAAUGGUUACAUUCAUGUUAGAGCUAGGAGAGGUCAGGCAACUGAUAGCCAUAGCCUAGCCGAAAGGGUAAGAAGAAAGAAAAUCAGUGAAAGGAUGGAAAAAUUGCAGCGACUGGUUCCAGGAUGUGAUAAGGUGUUCAUAACUUUCAUUUGUUGUUUGUUUUUCAAAGGAGAAAAAAGUGGUUAACUGCAGCAUAAACCAUGAGUCUCUAAGCUUUAAAAUAUUAAAAUUGGAUCCUAAUAUAAAA